AUGGACGUGUCGGGGCUCCCUGAGCAGCCAGUGGCGCGCGCCAAGGAGAUCUUCGGCCUGUGGGUGACCUCCUUCGGCGCGGGGCCGAUGAUGAGCGUCAUCGCCAUCAUCUUGCAGCUGCUGAUCGUGAAGCAGACCAAGUACCUGGCGUCCACCAACGAGGAGUGGGUGGAGUGGCGCGACAAGUUCGACGAGGACAGGAAGUGCGAGGGCGGGCCGGCGCGGGACGACCUGCACCCGUACAGGCGGCCGGAGGGCAUGAGCGAGGACUGCGACUGGUUCCCCAUAAACAAGGAGGUGCCCGGGCUGGGCCUGGACUACAGCAGCAUCAUGCUGCUGGGUUCCGCGGUGAUCUUGCUCCUGACGGGUGUGCUGCUCGUCGUCUUUGGUCCUUUUGGCGACUUUGGCCACUACCGCCGCCAGCUCCUGAUCGUAUCCUUCAUGAUCUCCGUGCCCUCCUUUGGUGUCAUGAGCUUCAUAGGUGACCCCCACUUGUAUUGGCUGAAUAGCAUACUGGCUGUACUGGGAGCAGUUUCCUUUUUCUUUGCCCUCAAGGCUCCCUUCAUUGCCUACCUACCCCUGCUGAUAGAGUCCCACUGGAAGCUGUUCAAGCUGAAGAAGCGCCACCUCAAGUGCCGCUCCAGGACGCCAAUGCUCCAUGCAGCCAACAGCAGUGAGGGCAGAUGCGACGGAUCAGGGGAUGGCCUGGGCGAUGCCAAAUCACAGCCGUACAAGUGCAGCAUUGAGAUGGCUGAGCAAGAUGGACAUGACCCACCAGUGAUCCUCGUCUUGCAAGAUACUAGCGAUGGUGUGCAGAAACCCCAGGGCGAUGGCAACGCUGAAGAGGCGCUCCGGAGUUGGAACAGCGGCAUGCUGGAAAAGGUGAAUUCGGACACCCGCAUGCUGACUCAAGGACUAGUAAAGUCUGACGAUGCCGAGGUCGCGGGCCUUUCACAAGAUCAACGCUUGAAAUUCAUGGAAGAGUACCACACCCUGCGGGAAGCCGUUGCUAGUGAGGUGACACUCAAGGAGACAUCCUUUUUCUUGACAGGCCAAGUGCUUGGUUUGUUAGUUCAAUUCGGGAUCAUAUUCUCCAUCGGUGAAGACAGCAACCCCAAGGACACCUUGGGCGAGAGAGGUGCCAUUGGCGCCGCAACAAUCUGGCUGGCAUUCUUCAGCAGCAUGGGGAUCUCACUCCUCAAGACAAGAGAGGGUCCCCCUUUUCCAGAAGGCAACAGGUUCUUAAUCGGCUUCGUCCGGUCCGUGAAGACUUUGCACCUCAUGCAGAAGCGGCUGGGCCACCUGUUGUGCCUGAUGGUGGGCCGCAUGUUGGUGUGGCUGGGCAGUCAGACGCUCAUCACAGUCUUUGCACUCUUUCUGGAGCGCGAGUUCUCUCUUUCCACAGAGGCGUUUGGACCCCUGCUGCUCAUCUACUUUGUCUGUGGCGCUAUCUCUGCCAUGGGCACCUCCCUCCUCUUGGCGAAGCUGCCGGGUUACACCCUGUUGUUUUUAAAGGUGUCUAGUGUGCUGUUGUCCGCCCUGCCCAUCUACAUUGUUGCAGGUGUGCAGGUCAAAGCAGAGCUGUACAUCCUCAUGGCAGUCGCCGCAAUGAUUGCAGCACCGUUUCCCUCCCUCGUGCGGGCAAUGAUGGCCCACAUGAUUCCAGAAGGGUAUACGGCCACAAUCAUGUCCUUUGAAGGGCUUCUGGAGAAUGCGACUGUGUGGGUGGGACCUGUUGUAGUGUUUUUGGUUCUGGAGCUCUCUGACUCAAUGCGAUGGGCCGUCUUCUCCCUCAUUUUCUUCAUGGUUGCUGGCUUGCCAUUCGUAUUCUCUGUGAAGAUGAGCCAUGCUCUGGAGCAGCGGAUGGCAUUUCAGGACUGGGACAGGGCUGGUGCCCCGGUGACGCUGUAA